CCCCCCAGCCCUGCAGCCCCCCCCCCCAGCCCUGCAGCCCCCCCCCCCAGCCCUAGCCCCCCCCCCAGCCCUGCAGCCCCCCCCCCAGCCCUGCAGCCC